AUGGCUCAGAAAUUUGAUAUGAGUGAUCUAGGAAGAUUAACUUAUUAUCUAGGGAUUGAGGUGACACAAUACGAAGAAGGGAUUAUGCUAAAACAUGAGAGAUACGCAAACAAACUCUUGGGUGAAGCCGGCAUGAACGACUGUAACGCAGUACAAGCCCCAAAGGAGUUUGGACUUAAACUAUCCAAGUCUAUCUAUGAAGAGGAUGUUAAUGAAAAAGUCUAUAGGCGAAUGAUAGGAUGUCUUAGACACAUACUGCAUAUGUGUCCCGAUCUUUCAUUCGCGGUCGGUAUCUUAAGCCAUUAUAUGCACAAUCCGAAGAGAUCACACGCAACGGUGCUGAAGCAGAUAUUGCGAUAUCUAAGAGGAACACUGAGCUAUGGUUUGUUCUUUAAACGAAUGGGGAAGUCAGAGCUUGUUGGGUAUAGCGACAGCAGCCACAACGUAGACGAAGAUGAUGGACGAAGCACCACUGGUCAUGUUUUCUAUCUUAACUCAUGUCCAAUUAGUUGGUGUUCUCAAAAACAAGAAACAGUAGCUUUGUCAUCAUGUGAAGCUGAAUUCAUGGCUGCUACUGAAGCUGCAAAACAAGCUAUAUGGCUACAAGAGUUACUUGGGAAGUCACCGGAGAAUGCUGCGGAAGAGUAG